AUGCACGACGAGAUGUUGGACGUUCCUGGAGCAUCUAGGAGCGUGCUGGACCAGGUUGACGAGUAUUUGCAUGAGGACGGGCACCAUGGAGAGGGCGAUGACGACGACCACACGCUACAGGGACGAGAGUCGACGAGAUCGUCGUCGUCGACUCACUGGGGGCCGGACGCAAUGGAGGACUUAGACCGUCUGUCGCAUUCGCUGUUUGUCCGGCGGGACGGCGAGCGGGCCAAAGAGGAGGCGGGCGCGCCCGGGAUCGAGCCGCUCAGCAUACCGAACAAAGGCGCGGAGGGCGGGGUGGUGCGGCCGGACAUGGUGUUUUCGCCGAUCUCUUCGCCGCUGGUGAUGCCGACGAGGUCGACGUCGCUGGGGACGUACGAUACGCCGUUCAUGCUACCGCAGGCGGGUACCGGGUCGGGUCCCAACACGACCACGACGACGCCGUUUCUGAACGGCUCGAUGGCGAGCAGCUCGACGACUUCGCUCUCGAGCCUGCGGAGGAAGUCGAGCAAGCCGGGCGCGGUGAGCCAGUUUUCGCCGCUCAGCUCGCCAGCGCUGACCGCUAUCGACCAGGCUCCGAUCGUGAAUUUUGCGCUGCCGGAGUCGACGAUCACGUCGCUGUCGAAGGUGAACUCUGGUGGCGGGAGGGCGAAGAAGAAGCAUUACAGCUCGGCGACGGCGGGUAUCGGCGCCAAGAUCAGCAAGAACAGCCCGCGGAUCAAGCCUGCGGCGGCGUCGAGCAGUUCGCGGCGGCAGUAUGCGGCGGAGCAGUUCAAGAACAGCUCUCCCGUGCUGCAUACGGACGCGAGCGCGAACGCGUGGGACGACGCGAUCUUCAGACUGCCCGAGAGCAGCAUAGGCGACCGGGCCGGGUCGAAAUGGCACAACGACGAGCCGACGCCCAAGUCGUCGUCGUCGGGCGGCGGAGCAGGCGCCACGUCGUCGCCGGAGUCCCGCAUGACCCCGGCCGCGCUCGCGAACUACCCCAAGGUCAUCCUGCCCUCUACUUCGAAGCCGGCGUACAGGAACGACGAGUCGAUCAGCCCCAAGGAGCUGGGGCCCGCGAACAGCCCGGGCGACGGCGAUAAGGUGCUCAGGGCGACUGAAUCGCCGGUGAUCAAGCCAACCUUGUACCACCACCAUCACCACCACCAGCAACAGGAGCCCUUGUGGAAGCCCAACGGGAGAACGUCGCUGACCCCGAAGAUAGACGAAGUGCAGGAGCCAAGGCGGGCCGCGUGUCGGCCCGCGAACCGCAAGACCGUCUCGUCGUCCUCGCUGCCCGGCGGGAAUGGCUCCAGCGACGACGGCGAGCUGUCAAAGAAAGAAGUACACAAGGUGGCCGAACAGGGCCGCAGAAACCGUCUAAACAGCGCGCUGACAGAUCUGAGCUCGCUGCUACCGCCGGAACUGAAGGAGUCGAUACCGAUCCCGUCAAAGGCCACUACGGUUGAAUUGGCCUGCACCUACAUAAGACAGCUGCUGGCCACGAAGAAUGCAUCCAACAAGGCAUAG